AUGUUCCGAUGGAUCUCACUGGCCAUUUUGGCCACCGCCAUGAGCAGCAAGCUCUCCCAGCAGGACGGGAUCUUGAAGCUGCUCGCCCAGCCGAGUGGGACUUCUAAGGUCAAGGCGAAGACCUCUCAGAUGGAGGAUAUGGUCUUGCUCCUUGCUCAGCAAGCGAAGGCAGCGCGGGAGGCCUCCAAGAAGGGGGAUGACGAGCAGGAGGACUUGAAAGAGCUCAUAGAGGAAUUGCGGGAGGAGUUGAAGAAAAUGCAGACAGAAAUCUUUAGCGCUGCAAACACUUCCGACCACUCUUGCCAGAUGGCCUAUGACAACCUCACCGAGGGCUGCCCGGUCUACGCGAACGACACACUCUUCCUGCCUGAAGGCCGGGGCCGACCGGUCUACACGACCGUGCUUUUGGGUGAAUGGGACAUUUCGGCGUACCAAUAA